GAAAACGCUUCGAGGAGCGGCCAAGGGAGUUGGGUACAAACCACACCAGACACUCAGUCUCGUCGCGCAACUCGUGCUGACAGUACGAGACACUGCACUGGGAAUUGACAGAGCAAUUGUCAAGUGUCAAAAGUACAGGGACAAACCCGAUAUUCCAACGGGCGCCUGAAACCCAUGAAUCCGGAAUUAUCCGGUGGUUCCUUCAACUUCAAAUUCGCGGAAUCAUAGAUACGAAUUUUCGCGGUUAACGGUGAAAAAGAUAUUGGACAAAAAAAUUGAGUUGGAGGGAAAAUCGAGAGUGAGAGUAAAAAAAUCGCGUUUGAAGUGCAUUUGUUAUUGACUUGGGUGAACCGAGAGGGAUAUCGAGCAGCCCCCGGUUGUAGCCCCACCACUUGACUCAUUGCGCACUCUCACUAGGUAAUUUCCAUCUCCCUCGUACAUCCCCUUCUUCUGCGUUUUUUGAUUGAAAAGAGGGACAAAGAGAGUGACACCGAGUUGCAUUGUCCGUUCCGAGGAAUCUGGCUUUAAUAGUGUCCUCCGGAGGCUUCUGGUGCAGUGCAGUGGCUUUUUUGUUGAUUUUUUUUUUUCCUCUGAAUUUUAUGAAUUUUUGGCGGCAGAGGGUAGCGGUACUCCAGGGAAUUCUCAGAGGGCUCGAGGGCUAUUGUUACACCUGCGGUUGUCUCCACGGGUUUAGAUAUUUUAUACCGGUUUUAGCGACAGGUGCUCGGUUGCACGGAGCACCGGGUAGACGCACUUGCGCCUCCGGUGUGGCAUAAGGGCUUUUUUUAAGAUUUAACGAUCAGCUUUAUGAUCUGCCCUCCGUGGUUUUUGCGGUAGUGCAGAUAACAGGUGAUAAACGGUAUCUCGGGGACUAUGAGAUAAUGAGUUGCUCGGUGAAGAUAUCCGGCAAGGGCUGGUGUGGGUCUCAGAGGCGAAUUAGUUGUUUGCCGGAGGAAACUACUGGAGCACAGAUUUCUACACCUGGUGGAGCCAUCAAGAUUGGACAGCCAACGAGGGUGGGUAAAGCAAGUGGUGUCAAGAAGGGAGAGGACACCGCUAAGUUGAUGAAAUAUAUCGAUGACAAUGUCAUUGGAAAAAAUGGCACUUUCUUCGGACCUUUUGGACGCAGGAAAGUGGUCUACUGCGAUUACACGUCAUCGGGUCGAUCCCUCCAGUUUCUGGAGGAGUACAUAUCCAGAGAGGUACUGCCAUGUCUAGGUGACACACGCGCCUCUACUUCCAUUUGCAGCCUGCAGUCAUCUUUGUUCAGGCACGAGGCCAGAGACAUCGUUCGCCAUGCUGUUGGGGCAGGAGAGCAGGACGCUGUACUCUUUACAGGUCAUGGUACCGAUGAUGCCCUGCGUACUCUUCUUCAUCAUCUUGACCUCCCUGGGAGGCCGAUGAUCGUCUUUGUCGGCCCCUUCGAACACCACGCCAACUUGCGACCCUGGCGAGAGCACCACACCAAGGUGGUGAGGAUUGCCGAGACGAAGGAGGGAUUUUUGGAUCUGAACGACCUCGAGAAGAAACUCCAGGAAGCUAGGACACUUGAUGGUAUUAUGGUCGGUUGCUUCAAUGCCGCCAGUUGCAUUACUGGAGUUCUUGCUGACGAUGUUGCCACUACCCUGAUGUUACGUCAGUACGGAGCACUCAGUGUUUGGGAUUACACGUCAGCUGGUCCAUUCGUUGAAAUGGACAUGAAUCCACACUUACCAGGCGUGGGCGAGACUGCAGUCCACAAGGACGCGAUAAUAUUCAGUGGUCACAAGUUCAUGGGUGGCGCCCAGUCACCUGGUGUCCUUGUUAUCAAGAGAUCACACCUAUCAAAAGACAUUGCAACUGAGGACAUGAGGGAUUUGCAUCAUUACCUCAGGGAUCCAGAGUUGAGGGAGGAGAGUGGUACUGCUGGGGUUGUCGAGUCAAUAAGAUGCGGUUUGGCAAUGCAACUUAAGGAGAAUGUCACGGCACAAGCUAUUGUCACGAGACAAGAUAAAAUAUCCAGACAAGUGUUGGCGCACGUGCGAACGAUACCGGAGCUGAUACUUCUUGGCAGCUCGUCUAACAAUAUCAAACGUUUGCCAAUAUUUUCGUUUAUGGUCAGACAUCCCAGGGGCACAUUUCUACAUCAUAAUUUCGUUUGCGCUAUUUUAAAUGAUGUUUUUGGGAUUCAAGCGAGAGGAGGAUGCGCCUGCGCCGGUCGAUAUGCCCACGAUCUCAUGGGAAUUGACACUGACCUUGCACGGAAAUACGAAUCUGUGCUUUCAGACAGCGUAUUGCAUUGUGGCCGUGAUGAUUGCAACGGGGAAGCUCUUCGUCCGGGUUUCGCACGUCUUUCCCUCCCGUACUUUAUGUCUGAGGCUGAAUUGGCGUUUGUCCUGGAAGCCCUGAAGAUGGUGGCGACGGAAGGUUGGAAGCUGUUACCGCAGUACGUGCUGAACCCGGACACAGGAGAAUGGCGCCACCAUACAAAUUCAGUGUUCAAGGAGAGGAAGUGGUUAGGUUCGAUAAGAUACACCGACGGUAAGAUGGUGGCAUCAGAACGUCGAGUGUCCAGUGGUGGUGGAGUUUUUCCCCAGAGUUACAGCGAUUGUCUGCAAACAGCGCGAAAUAUUUUCAACAGAGCGCGAAAAAUGGCACACAGGUAUCCCCUGCAGAUCGACAGAAGCGUGAACUUCUCGGAGAAGCUGGAGCGCCUCCGGUGGUUUAUUCUGCCGGCAGAAGCUCAGGACCUGCUCCUCGGUAAUUCGCAGAAUGUCAAACAGGAUUUGCCGUUUGAUCCUCAGUCGAGGAGGCACCACUGGCGGGAGAUCAGCCUGAGCGCUUCGUCAAUCCGAAGACUAAACAGCGACAUCCCGAGGACAGGGAAUAAUCCGCUGUCGGCGCUGUCGUCACCUCGUCAUCACAGUCUGCCUGCCCUCUCGAUGACGAGGCAGAGCAGUCUGCAGGACGAAGGUACCAUAGAAAUCGUGGACAAGCCGAAGAAGCCAUUUGAGAGAAGCCAGACAAGCGGCCAAUUUUCUAAUACCUCGUCUCGAUCAGGUUCACCCUCGCCAGCGGUUAAAUUCGCUGUUGGUGAGGCCGUGUCACCUCCCAUGAUUCUUGGAACAACUCCAGUUGGUGCAAGACUCAUGUCGGAAGAACACGCAGUGCCACCUGGAGGAAAUGUACCGCGAAUGGGGCGCGCCAGGUGUAAUUCACUGGGUAGCAGUGCAAUAGGAAAGACUCUACCAGUGCCAAUUCCGCUGAGUCCUCAGACUUUGGCGAGUCUAGGACUGGGGAACUCGUCUGGCUUCAACAGGAGCCACAGGCCUUGUAGCUGUACCAGUCGAGUGGAAUUAUCUUCCUCCCUUGAGUUUGAUGGAGCUAACGACAGUCCAAAUAGAUCGCCCUUGUCAUCUUCCACUUCCUCACCCACGUCCUCCUCCUCACCUUCACCCUAUCCCUGUGGCUACUCCUCUCUAACCUCUCAUCAUCCUGCCCAUGCACAUCACUGUCCUCAGCACGAGGGAUCAACGCAGAAGCUGGACAGGUGCUCUCCCAUUCUCUCGAGUUUCAGCCAAAGCUGUGACGACGAUCUGCAUGCCUACCUCAAAGGCAGGACCGAGGAUAUUGCCACUGAGAUCAAGUCCGAAAUCAGAGAAGUCAUAUCUAAGGUCGACGAUGUUCUGUCCGAAAGCAAUUUAUCGGAUCUCGGAACUCCUCAGCAUUAUCCACACAGAACGAUCUCUGCUGGAAGUGAUAGGUCUCACAGAGACGACUCCUUCUCAGCUAGUGAGAUUGCCGAGUAUCUUAUGGAAUUUUCGAAGGAGAUGGCAAGCGAAGUCAAGUCUGAAAUCCGAUGUAUGGUGAAUGCAGUCGAUGGUCUGGGUAGAUUCUCUCCAGAUCUCCACUCAUCGACUCCGUCGACCAAUUCCCCUGGAUACAAAACACCAGAGAGACGACUCCCAGACUCACCCCUGGCGAGGCUCUCGAAGGGUGCCAAACUCAACGAACUCCUUCAGUCCCAGGAGAGUAAGAUGUCGAGCGAGUGUUCAUCAGACGAGACUGUGAUAUACGUCGUUGGUCCACGUGCAGCUGCUCAGACAAAUCACGAGAGAGCGAAGACAUCUGACGAGGAGGAGGAGCACAGCGGUAAACAAUCGGCCAAAUCAGUUGUAGAGAUGUCAUCCAAGGGCGUCAAGACGUUGCCAGAGAUAUAUUCGGCUAUUAAUUCAGUGAGCUCACAGGAUAGUGGUAUCAAUUUGUCAUUUCACGAGAGUGACGUGAGAACGACUGAUCAUCUUGGUAGAAGUGGAUCGAGCAGCAGUGGAAGCAGCGCUGAGUCAUCUGGCACGAGUUUUCUGAAGAAGUGCAAAGGCAUGGUUGAGAGGAAACGAGAUGAUAAAUUGCCAAAUGAUGUGUCGGAUGAUGAGGACAUCAGGGAAGAAGAUGUAUUGAUGUCGGAGGAUGAAGAUGUUUUGUUAAAGAAGCUGGAGCAGAGUUGUGAGGGUAGUGGACCUCAGUGGCAUAGUCCCUCAAGGAGUAUCUGGAAACCGACCGUCGAGGCCAUUCAUGAGUACGAUAUGAUUAGAGAUAAGGAUAGAAUUCUCGUCUGUCUUCCUGUGUCGACGGUUGGUGUUGGUGUGGCUGCAGGGCGACACUCUCUUGCUCUCCUACACACACUCCAUCAGUACCAGUUCUACGCAAAGUCCAAGAGCAUUGAUUUCGAGAUCGGCGCUGUAACAAUCAACAGUGGGAGCAGUUACGAUCCCUUGGAAAGCAUGAGUUAUCUUAAAAACUUACAGGUCUCUUAUUUUUACGAAGAGGCUGAGGAGCAGGCCGAGCUCAUCGACGCCGGAAAGAACUCCGAGAGAAAUUGUGAGAGCUGUGAGGUCUGUGGACGAGCUGAGGAUGUAACCCGACAGAGGCUCUACGCUGUUGCUAAAAGAUACGGAUACAAUGUUUUGGCUCUUGGACAGCAUCUGGACGAUCUUGCUGAGGGCUUUCUCUCGUCAUUGUUCUGCACUGGCAAGCUCAAGACCAUGAAGGCUCAUUACUUCGUCAAGGAGCAGGAGCUCAGGGUGAUCAGACCCUUUGUUUACGUCAGGGAGAGGGCACUCAGGCAAUUUAACGAGGACAAAAAACUACCGAUGUUGAGGGUCAAGUGCGCGGGAUGUGAAGAAAGGGAGGCCAUCAAAUUGCAGAGGAAUAGGGAACUCUUGGCAUUGCAGGAGAGGUCUUACCCGAGAUUGUAUUGGUCCUUGAGGACUGCACUCAGACCUUUGAUACUGGCUAGGGGUCCCGCUCAAGGGCUUCACCUUGCACAAAGGCACAGGCAUAAAGGGAAGAAGGGGGCACUUGCCAGUUUGACGAUUCUUGCGACUUCUCAGGAGUUGGAGGAUACCGAGAGUGAUGAUGAACAGGUUAUUUGAGAGGGUGUCGCAAGAUGUCGGCAGUUCAAAUUUGGUGGGGUUAGGGGUCAUCCUGGGGGCAAGGCUUAUGAGAGGCUGGAUUGAAUAAGACUUUAUUGUGAGAAAGCUGACUUGGCGUUGUACAGAUUGAUGAUUAUUUUUGGAGUUUUGGCUGUCCCGGGGUGGUGGAUGGUGCAAUCUGCUGUGGAUCUGGAGUUUCAGGCUUUGUUGUUCUUGAUUUGGAGGGAAUUGUUUUCGUAGCCUUUUGUACUUUGAAACUGAUGAAGUUUGAACGAGAUCCACUGCAGACUCCGCUUGUGGUACUUCCAGACAUGUUUGUCCUGAUACUUGUGAUCUUUGUCUUGAAGUAUCUUUGGAUAUUUCGAUGAUUCAACUUGUCAGGCAAUACACUGAUGUAACUGUGAAGUUUGUACAUACUUUAUAAUACGGUUAUGUUGACGUUGGACAAUGUAUGCAUGUUACUUAUUAUGAAAUCGUAGAAUUUCCAAGUGGCUCGGAAGAUAGAUUGAUCCAAAUGAACGGCGACAGUACGGAUGAUCCAAAAAUUCAAUGACUUUUCGAUACAAAUGGAUAUCUGAUGAAUGGUUGAAGUGUUUUAUAAAUUUGUAAAUGACGAUUGAGCGCAAUAUGGUGAUUUGUACUUAGUGCCGUCCCCGUUCAUCAUUGCUCGCGUGUCUCGAUGUGAAUUCUAGAUUUUUAUGGUGAAUUUAAUUGCUUAUGGAAAUUUCGUGACACACCCCAUUGGCGCUUUCCUCGAGGACAAUAAUAUCAAGAGACUGCCUCGAAGACUAAAUUUUUUAAGAAACCCCUCGGCUAUUUCACGCCGGAUAUUUGUAUUAUUGUCACUUCGGAAAUUACAGAGGUUUUUGUGGAAAUGGUUUCAGAGAAUUGACAUGAUUGAGGAUUUUCUAGUGUACAAAGCAAAACAUAAACCCCAGAAAUUGUUACACAUUUAGAAACACGUUCAAAUUGGAAAUGUGGAGAGAAGUAUUUUCGACGUGGGGCUUUUGGGAAUCAGACGAAAUGAGAAUUGAUCGUCAUUGCAUUUCGUAGAGUGUAAGAGUUGCGUUCAUGAAACAUUGACUCGUACUUAAUUCUCGAGACGAUUGCAGACGAAUUUUAUCAAGUUUACGAUCGUGAUAUCACUUGAUUAAUGGUUAAAAAAAAAAAAUAUGAAUGAGUUACGAAUUUACGGUACAUGAUGGCGCGAGCACGUCCAGAGGCACACAGCCCACAAUGUAAUUACAAAAUAAUAGAUAUUUAUGGUAUAUAUUUUCUGAGAGUUAAAAUGAAGAAUGCAUAUUGUUAAAUAUUGUAAAGAUGUGUAAUUUUAUUUAUGGCUAAUAAAUAAAGCGUUUAAAAUAAUCA